GAUAGAGCAUGCAUAGGUCUCCUGAUCACGCGCGCGAAAAACAUCAUGCUACGUGCGUUCGUGAGCAGCGACGAUAUGUCGUCUGGUGGACAUAUUUGAAAUCGGCAUUGUUCGUCAUAACUUUUAUACACUCCCGCGCGACGCAAUGCCACGUGGGAUAUAAGCAUUGUGUACCAACCUUGGAAUGGUCGAUCUUCGAGCUAGCACUUACUAAGCCGUAAUGCCGGAUUCUGACCGAACCAUCGAAGGAGCAACGUCUUUGGUGAAGGAGAUUCUGCCCGACUUGAUCGACGUUGCCUGCUUCUGGGCGACAAGCGAAAAUGUGGAAGCAGUAAGGGCCCGUGACACGCUCAAGCAGAAUGCCCGCCGGCCCUUUCAUACGUUUCUUUAUCAAUAUCUUGGCAAGCUACAUCAUGAAUUACUUCGUGUGCCUGUGCGGCUGACGAAGACCAAUGACAAGACACUUCAUCAAGCCCUGGCGAGGACAUUGAGCAUAUUCGAAGAUGAAGUCAUUGUGAGCUCACGGGCAUUUGGAUUGAUCUCUUGGUCAUGGUUCUCGAGAGAUAAGCAGCAUGAGCGGACACUCGGGAACAUGCUCCAUUGGGCAGCACGCAGUCGUUGCCACGACGAGGACAAACUUUUAUGGUUAAUCAAAAACACGCGCUUAGCAGCGCCACCUGAACAAGUCCGAACAAAUCUGCUUGACGCGGUCGCUUCAUGUGCCUUGCAGAUCGAGAAACUCCUCCCUGUUUACGCGGUACCAUUCGAAGAUGAGGAGUUUGCCUCGAUAUCUGCCGAGCAACGUGCUGCAUGGCGGAAAGUCGAGGAGAUGUGCAAAGGGGUAGAACAUAUACAUCGCCAAUUGUCCAGCGCCUGGAGGUGCAGCUGCCCAAAUCCCCACGAAGCGCUCCAUUUCGCGAUCAACCCAUACAGUUCGCGCGAGGACGGAACCAUAUCGUCUGCAGUUCUGCAUGACUCCAGUGGCUGGAAGAGAACGGCCAUGCUGAUGAAGUAUGCACAACACGGGAACGCCAAUUACGACGAGUUUUGCCAAGAUCUGAAUGCAUCCACGGCUGACCGUCCCUGGUACACCAUCUCGAACUGCGCCAGCUGUAUGCAGCCCAUGACAUUCGAUCAAUUAGAAAUGCGGCUGCAGAGUCGACCCUUGCCAAAGGAGCGGCUAUGUCUGGCUGUGAUUUUAUCGCAUCUGUAUCUACAUCUCAGUGGUGGAGCCUGGUGGCCAUAUACCCGUACGGACGCCUUCAUCCGCUUCGAUGGACCUGAACGCAGCUCGCUCUCACCGCUCAGCACCCCUUUCCUUCCAUUCUCUACCUGCAUGGAGUUUCAACCCGAUGUCCGCUUUGGGUUCGUGAAUCCCUCCAUGCCAAGCCUGGUGCAAUUCGGAAAACUCCUUCUCGAAAUCAUCCUGUGGGAGUCCUGCAGUUGGGAAGGUAACGCAUUCGAAGAGAGCCUGAGGAAGUUGCGGUGCGAAAGCGAUCUUGCCAACGUCGACAGGAUCCUCGUCGCUAUCAUCGCGUGCACAGGAUACAAGGGGGAAGAUCGGCUGCGCGCCAAAGCUUGCGAUCAGACCAUUCGCAAUAGCGAGCGGAUGCGCAUGGAAUUCUUGACAGUCGUCAUACAGAACCUUGAGUACGUUCUGCGCGUGGCGUACCAGAUCGAUGCGAAUAUGCUCUUUUCACUGCCCGAGCGGAACGUCACUCCUCGACGAGAACCAAUGAACGAUGAUGAGCGUCGCCGUGAUGCGCGGAACGACGCUCUGGAAGCUGUCAUCGCAUCGGAACUGGCACAAAUGGGGCGUCCUGCAGUGAAGCCAAUGGAUCAUGCUGUGAUACCGGACAUCGAAUUCGUCCUCAAUGAUGACACCGGAGAAGAGCAAUCAAUCGAAAGCAGAGAGUAAGUCUUGUGAGGCCCAUAACAAAACGAUUGUGCUGAUUGGAAUUACUCAGAGUUACUGAAGCAGACCUCUGGAAUCAGAGACUGUUGCCGCUAAAAGGGUUGAUCCUGCCGCAGAACGCGGUCGUGACGAAGGUCGCAGUGCUCGACACAGGCUUGCAUUUCGAUGCCGACAUCGCCGAUCUCUACGACGAUCGAGCUGAGGCGUACUGUUUUCUCGAGAACGACGCAAUCCCAUCACAGGUGGGUGCUGACAGUCCAGCCCCACUACGGUUCGAUGGCGAUGAGGACGGGCACGGCACGCACAUGUGCAGCAUAGUCCUGGAUGUCGGCACUAAUUGCAAAGUCUACUCUGGGCGCAUCGCACGGACGCGAGAGGACAUACGUGGUAAGAAAUCAAGGCAAGAGAUAGCUGCAAGAAUCGCUCGAGUAAGUUUUCACAUUCUCAUCCUUGACCAGAAGGAUGCGAGCUGCGCUGACUAA